AGUCCCCAGUAAAAGUUGGUAGCCGCACUCUGAGGCCACCAAAACCUGUCGUGAGAAGUCCUGCACUACACCUCCCAGUCUGUGGUUCCCCAGGGGCGGGCGGGGGCCGCAGUGUAUGCUGGGACCUGUCACCUCCCUGGCCCACACUCGGCGGGGACGGUGCUGCAAGGAUCCUGCCCUGUGUGCCAGCACGCCGCUGGGUAACCUUCUCCUUCAGCGUCCCCAGGUGCCCAGCGUCCCCAUCAGCAAGUGCGCGGCCUGCCAGAAGAAGCAGCAGUCAGAAGACGAGAAGCUGAAGCGCUGCACUAGGUGCUACCGAGUGGGCUACUGCAAUGUGGGGUGUCAGAAAACGCACUGGCCCGAUCACAAAGUCCUGUGCCGCCCCGAGAACAUCGGCUUCCCCUUCCUCAUCAGUGUGCCGGAGUCGCGCCUCACCUACUCCCGCCUGGCCCAGCUCCUGGAGGGCUACGCGAGGUACUCGGUCAGCGUGUUCCAGCCUCCUUUCCAGCUGGGCCCGCAGCCCCUGCUCCCCGAGAAGCUGGACCUGCCUGCAAGGAGUAGCUGUGCGGCUGCCGCCCCUGCCCCAGAAGCGGGGGAUGGGGACAGGGCCCCGCACCGGCAGGAGCCCCAGCUGUCCGCCCCAGAGCUGCACCCGGAGCUGGGGGAGGCCAGCGCAGUACCCAGGAGUUCCAUGCUCAGCUCGGAUUCGGGCUGCUCUGAGCGCUCCCUGGAGGCGCAGGGCGAGGGCUGCUGGGAGAAGGAGCCGUCCUACGAGCGAGGCCCCAAGCCUGAAGCUGCCAUCCCCGGAUACCAGCAUGCGCCCGACGCGCUCAGUGCCCACGCCCAGUUCUACAUCAACAAGAUCGACGGAGCCAGCCGAGAGCACAAGCUGGAGGAGAAAGGCGAUGCCCCGCUGGAGCUGACGGACGACUGCUCCCUGGCCCUGGUGUGGAAGAACAACGAGCGCCUCAAGGAGUUUGUGCUGGUGGAGUCCAAGGAGCUGGAGUGCGUGGAGGACCCGGGCUCGGCCAGCGAGGCGGCCAGGGCCGGCCACUUCACGCUGGGCCAGUGCCUCAACCUCUUCACCAAGCCGGAAGUGCUGGCGCCCGAGGAAGCGUGGUACUGCCCCAAGUGCAAGCAGCAUCGCGAGGCCUCCAAGCAGCUCAUGCUGUGGCGCCUGCCCAACGUGCUCAUCAUCCAGCUCAAGCGCUUCUCCUUCCGCAGCUUCAUCUGGAGGGACAAGAUCAACGACAUGGUGGACUUCCCAGUCCG